CCUUCUGAUUAACCAACCAACACCACCAGCAUGGAAAUAUCACCAGUUACUCUUGACCUCCCAGAAUGCUCGCCCAAUCUCAUGCCAUUUCACAUCUCUCACUCAGGGCCCGCACCAAUAUCUACAUACUUUCGCGUCAAGCCCUCGACGCCUUCUAGCCCGUACCUUUCCCUUACACAAAACACGUCCAACGAAACACACCUGUCCACGGACAACAGCCAGAACACCCUUGUUGCUGAAGACUCCCAAUCCUCCCUAACUACAAUUGCCGAAUCACAGUCUGCUUUAUUAGAGGAGGAUUCACAGGCAUGUCCUGCAGGAGUGGACACUUCGAUAGCCGACGCAGAUUCUGGGACUCAGGCCAGCCCAUCAAGCGAAUUGGCUCGUGCGCCACCCACGGCACCUCCAGUAGAAGGUAGUCUCAGCAAUAACUUUACCGCAGCAUUCAGAGGGAGGCAGGUACACGGUCGUACCGUGGACCUACCACAAGGUUACGGUGGCAUAGUCCUUAGUGCACCGAGCAGUGAUAUAAACAGUCAAGGCGAUGACAUUGGGACGGUUGAAACAAUAGCUCAAACUAGACGCAAGAGUCGAGCGACACGAACAUGCAGCCGACAGAUGGAGACAGAUAAAGAUGAUGCGGUGGACGCAGAUCAUGAUGACUCGCGUGUUGAAAUUCGAAGACUGACCCCGGUCUCAAAGUUUUCUUCCUUGACUGUUUGGUCCCCAGACAUACCGGUGGAUGAGGGCAAAGACGAGUAUCUUAGGUCCUUGACGGAGUGGACAAAAUUAGCGGCAGAGUCUUUAGGGCUAGAUCUGGUCGCUUACUCGUCAAUCUGCGUCACUCGUAAUAAUACCAUGCCUGCCCAACACCCAGUUUCGAUUAUCGUAAAUACCAACGCAGCUAUCUCGACCAUCGUGCUAUCGUUGGUGUUAAUAGGCACACUGUGUGUACACAUAUCGUGUCCUGAAGAUAUGAUGAAGGGCAGGCAUAGUAGGGGGAAGUGCAAUAGAGAUGCGACGACAAGCACUGAAUAUGUGUACAAUGUUGAAGGUGACGAAAUCGCGAUACGAUGAUGUGCAGCUGAGACCGCUCCGAUGCAUCAGCCCGAGACAGAAC